UCCCACUUAAUAGGCUAAACUUGGUUUUUGUUUUUGCUGCAAUUGUAAGUACAAAAAGCAAACCAUUACUCUAAAAUUUUGUAUCUAAAGUCUCAAUGUUGUUCAGGGAAGUUCCCCCAGAAGUGAACGACGAUAUCGCUAGCUUAUGUUACAUUGGUUCAUGGUAUAAUGAACUUCCAGCUUUGAAGAUGGUUAUGUCACAAUUUUCUUUAAAAUACGGUGAAGAAUAUAUAGAUGAAGUUAACAAGUUCAAGGCAGAUUGUGGUGUUAAGGAGGAGGUAAUAGAGUUAUUGUUAGUUCCGAAGCCAUCAAUUGAGAAACGAAACAAACUUAUAAAGCAAAUAGCCAAUCGGUUUGUGUUUAACUGGGAUCCAAUCUCUGUUAUAAACAAUGCGUCUUCUGCCUAUGAAGACCCAAUGUCACAUAUAAAAAUCCACUCAAUGUUGAUGCUUUUUAACAAGAUCCCAUGUUCUAACAACAAGCAAUUCGAGAUCUCCACCUGCAAGUCUUUGCUGGAAAAGACAAUUGUAGAUGCACAAUCUCUUAUUAACACAAAGGAGAAGAAGAUGGAUGAUAUGCGAGAUAGCAUUUUUCAGCUACUCGUGUAUCGGUAUAAAAUUGAAGCUUACACUGUGGCAGAAUAUCUUCUUGAUCAGAAAAAUUUGUGUCAGAUUCUACGAUAUAUUACAUAUUUUUCUCAACAAAUUGUUCAUCAUCUUCCUUACAUUGAAUCACGAAGGAAAGUUCUCCCAGAAGUGAAGGAACCUAUAGCUAGUUUAUGUUAUGUUGAAUCAAGGUAUAAGGAACUUCCAGUUUUGAAGAAGCUUAUGUCACAAUUUUCUUUAAAAUACGGAGAAGAUUAUAUAUUUAAAGUCAACAUGUUAAUGGAAGAUGGCGUCAAAGAACAGAUAAUAUCAUUGUUCGUUCCGAAGCCACUAGUUGAGGAACGAAACAAACUUAUAAGAGAAAUUGCUAAUCAGUUUGGGUUGAAGGAAAAACUAGUUGAGGAACGAAACAAACUUAUAAAGGAAAUUGAUAAUCAGUUCGAGUUGGACUGGAUUCCUCGUUCUCUUGAUGAAGACACCACAUCUUCUCUUAAUCAAGACAAAACGUUUUUUGUUUUUGCGAAUGACGUUUCAAUGUAACAUGACAGAAGGAUGCAGUUUGAUGCUUGAACCUUUUUUUUCUUUAGAGAAUUUGAUGCUUGAACCUAUAUAUUGAGUUUUGUUUCACAUGCUGUUUUUUCUGGUUGAUUGUGUUUUCGCUCCUUAAUACUUACGUUUAGAAGUUUUUUAUUUUCUAAAUAUUUGGACUAUUAAAAUUAGUUGUUAUGUUCCAUAGUAAACGUUUUGGUGGCUUGGAAACUACAUACCGAUUCGAGAGCUUUAAUUCUGAUAGUAAAUUGUACUGUUUUGUAUUCGUCAUUGGACCUGCAGACCAUGAGACCAAGAAUAUAUAUGUGCUGAACUUGAUAGGGCAACGACCUUUUUAUUGUA